AUGUAUCAACCGAAUCCUGCAUCUAGACUUCACUUAACUCCCGGCAGUCAGGUUGUUCAUGAUCAGAAUAGAGAAAUGAGUGGAAACCCUGCAAUUCCUGGCAAUGGAGGGAGAAAUCUCAACAAUUCGACGUUAGCAUCAAGGCAACGCUUGAGGUGGACACAUGAGCUCCAUGAGUGCUUUGUUGAUGCUGUUUCCCAACUUGGUGGACCAGAUAGUGAGUGGUUCCCAAUUAUAUUUUUGCGACUCAGUUGAUUUAAUAUGAAUUCUCACAUCUGGUAUGAGUGCUUAAUAUUAUAAUUGUGUGCUUAAACAAUGCAAAGAAUUUGCAGCUAUGACCCUUUUAUCAACAUAAUUUGAUGAGUUUCUAUCAUGAAAAAGCAACGAAGAAAAGCAGUAAUGAUAGGAAAGGACAUAUUGCCUUGUCUCCAGGCAUUGCAUUUUUUUGUUUGAUUGUUGCUUGGGGACUGAGCGGUUACCGUGAUAAUUUUAUUAAAGAUCUGAGGAUCACAUCUUUUAUAGACCACUGAUUGUUUUUAGUCUGUUUUAAAAUGUAAUUAAUGACUAUGAAGUAUUUUUUAAUCUGAUGCUGAUGAAGUAUUUUUUUGUCUUUUCACCGAAUGACUAAAUAACUCAGAAGUGAGAUGUUGAGAUAUAUGAAAGGCUGAAUGUUCAUUUUGCUGAGUGAGACCUAUUGUCAAUUCUGGUUUCUAUUUCAGAAUGUGGUCUCGACUACGCAAUAUUACCUAGUCUUAUAUGAUGUGGCAGAGGUCUGUACGGAAUGAAAAUCAUAUCCUGAAUCCAUGAGGAACGAGAUCCACAAUUCUUGAGUUUGAAAGGAUUGCUUUUAGCAAACCUUGAAUCUACAGAUAAAAAAUGGGUCAUUGGAUUCACAGAGAUAAAAAAUAUAAGAUCCCUUGCAUCUAAAAAGGUUUGCUUGGAUCUACAAGCAGAGAGAAGGUGAAAAAGCUUUCCCGAGUGGAGAAAAAAAAAGGCCAUCUCAGUCAACUGUGCUUGUCCCAUGAAAUAGGCUAAAAGUAGUUGUAGAUCCCCAAAGUAACAGAAUCAGAGAAGUAGCUCUCUAAUAGUUAGCAAUUUUGGCCCUAUGGGUCUACCAAACAAUAUUAUUCGUCUCUUCCUUGUUUUACCCCUUUUGGCACUUUGAGCUGUGCUUUUUGGCAGCUUCCGUGUCUUGCAAAUUUGUUCCGCAUCCUUAUAAAUUGUAACAAUAUGAUCUGAGGAUGACAUCAUUUGUUCCGCAAAUUUAUAUGAAGAUUCAUCCUAUAAAUUAAAGCUUUGGUACCCAUAAAAGUGACUACUCUAUUGAUGGCAAUAUAGUUGAAUGUUGUGACAUCAGAGUUCUCACAACUCAUGCUGUGUGGUUAGAUUCACCAAGUUAUUCCCCUUAACAGGAGCUACACCUAAAGGCAUCCUAAGAGUUAUGGGUGUGAAGGGAUUGACCAUAUACCAUGUCAAAAGCCACUUACAGGUACAAAUUUUGAACCUUGAAACAUAAUGAAGGCCUUUUUCUCAUCCCCUUGUGAUUAUCAGUCUGUUCUCCAACUAAUUUGUUACUUUACAAUUUCAGAAAUAUCGGCUUGCAAAAUAUCUUCCUGAGUCUUCACCUGAUGGUAGGCGGAUAUACUUUCAUUAUCUAUGCUUCUUGGAUUUGGGUAGAUGUAUAUAAAAUGGCAAUUUCCGCCGUAAUCCGCAUGCAAAUGCCUAGUCAAGCCUAAAAAUUGUUUUCCGUUUUGCAGGCAUAAAGGCAGAACAAAAGGAACCUGGGAGCCUGCUUUCUACCUUGGAAAACUCAUCGUAAGUGUAAUCACAUUUACUUUUCAGUGUCAAUUUAGAUAAGUUCUAUUACCAUAUUGAAAAAUUGGUUACAUCAAUGCCAUAUGUGUUUGAUCAAGUUUUGAUUCAGUUCGGUAAAAUUGUUUGGAGAUUGAGAUUAUUGUGUUGUAUAAUCAAUGACAUCUUGAUUAAUGCGUUAUGAUUUUUGCUUGAAAUUAAAGACCAUAUUUUACACUUAAGACUGUUUAGCUGCUUACAGAUGGAAAAACGUUUGUUGCCGUAGUUGUUCUGCCAUGCACGUUCAUUUUCUUCACCAUCUAAGAUUUUUACCAGCAUCUUUGUUGAUCAAUGGUAAUGAACUAGCCGCCAACUCUUAGUGCUACUAGCUGCCAAAUGUGGAUGAUCGUUUGGCAAUUUCUACUCACUUGUCUAUUCUGGUGUAAGUAUUUUUUUAAUAUUUCCACCGGAAUAUCUUUCAACCAGUAUCUAAUUUUAGGCAUGAAAGAUACAAAACCCUGGAAAGCUAGCUGGCGGGUGAUUGUAUAACCUAAAAUAGAUACAUAUGUAUAAUUUCCGGUUUUUUCAGGAGAAUUGCAUCUGAGAUUAAAAGCUUGAAGCAUCCUUCGAUCUCUUAGAAACUUAUAUUCUCCACAUGCUACUGAAUUUCUGCAGAAGAUUGUUAAGAUGUUGCUGUUCCCAUGCUUUGAUUGUGUGCUGUGAUAAACAACUGUAUCUGUGAUCAUGGUGCAUCCGUUUCCUUCUGUUGUCAGUGGUAUACAGAUAACGGAAGCACUUAAGUUGCAGAUGGAGGUACAGAAGCGUCUUCACGAACAGCUAGAGGCAAGUCACCCUCUUCCCAGUUUCUGCCCUGCACAUCUUGCGUGGUGUUGAAAGUAACUUAUGAGUGUUCUUAUAAUAACAUGCUCGAGAUAUCUGAUCAUAUUAAUGUGGGCCGGAUAGAUUCCGUGUAAUUAGUUAGCUCUUGCAAACCCUAUCAUUCUGAUGUUAAGAUAAUUUUCUUCAUGGAGACCAUACAAAAACAUACACACUGGAAUCUGUUGCUAACUAUAGCAACUUCUGUCUUUGAAGAUGAAUAAAAUUGUGAAGUUGGUGUUCACUCAGAGUGCUAAAUAGAUCAGAAAACAAUAACACGACCGCAUCCAGAUCUACAUAUAUCCCCAUUUUGUUGGCAUUUCACCUCAUGAUUGACAGGGAAAUGUGGUACCCAGAGGAAGUAUAUUUUUCCUGUAACUCGUAACGUGAUCACAGGUGCAAAGGCAGCUUCAGCUUCGGAUAGAGGCUCAAGGCAAGUACCUGAAGAAGAUCAUCGAAGAACAGCAGCGCCUCAGCGUCGGGCUCGGUGACGCGCCGGGUUCAGACCCCUCUAACCCAGCUCCAGCCGAGCUCGGCCUGGAUGGGGCAGACAAGACCGACCCUUCGACUCCUGCUCCGACCUCCGAGUCCCCACUCAAAGACAAGCCCGCCAAUGUCCGUGGAGCCAGCGUUGCAGGGACCGCCUUCGAGGUCAUCACAAGGGACGAGUCCCUCUCUUCCUGCCGUGAGCCGCUGACCCCGGACUCCAGUUGCCGCGCCAAUUCCCCGCCAGAGAGCCCCAAGCGUGAAGGAACAUCGGUCAAGAGGCAGCCAGGCAACGGCAGCACAGGGCACGCAAAGCAGCUUGUCUUGGCAUCUCACAUACUGGAGUCGAGCUCUGGCUCCGGCUGA